GUCGCCCAACCCGGAUGCUGUGCUGUACAACUACUGAUGAUCUGAGCAGUGCGCAGCGCUAUCGGCAGAGCAGGGGAGAGGAAAUAUUUCAGUACCCUUGGAGAGGACAGCGCUCUCCCCGGAUCCACACUCGUGACCGGCGGGGCUCCGCAUCCCAGGAACAUCAUUAUUCAUAUCCAGGGUUAGGGGAGGGUGUAGCCGCCACACUACAAACGCUUCCCCUCUCCUGCACUGCAAGAUCGUGAGAGGAGCACUUGCACGGCGCUCACCAGCCGUGGAGGGUGAGCCAGGUAGGCAGACAGAGGCACAGAAAGAGAGAGAGAGAGGAGAAGAGAGAGAAGGAGCCGAUCAUUACUAGAGAUGGCGGAGUGCGGGCGGAAGGCGCUGUCUCUCCUGGAAGCGGCCCGUUCCCGGUACGAGAGCCUGCAGAUAUCCGACGACGUGUUCGGCGAGUCCGGGGACGACAGCAGCGAGAACCCCUUCUACAGCACCUCCGGGGACUCCAACUCCGACAACUACAUCGCCGAGGCAGGCGAGGAGCAGCAGCAGCAGCGGGGUUUGGGCGACAGCGAUAGUGGCCACAGCGGGAGCAGCGGAGGGGGAGGCGGAGGGGGAUGCAGCGGGAGUAGUGGAGCCGGUCCCCCGGGCUCAGUGUCCCGGAGCCAGGCUGAGGAGGACGGCUGGACAGAGACCCUGCAGGAUGUCACCGUGCCGCCGUACAAGGAGACAUACGGCCCUGCCCAGAAGAUGCCAGCCACCGCUACGGCCCUGGACUUCUUCCAGCUCUUCGUUCCGGACAAUUGCAUCCAGAACAUGGUCACCCAGACCAACAUGUACGCCAAGAAGUUCCAGGAGCGCUUCGGCUCUGACGAGGGCUGGCGUCCCGUCACGGCCCAGGAGAUGAAGGCCUUCCUGGGCUUCGUCACGUCCACCAGUGUGCACCGCUGCGAGUCAGUGCUCAGCAUCUGGAGCUCGGGCUUCUUCAGCAACCGGAGCAUCGCCCUGAAGAUGAGCCAGACACGCUUCGAGAAGAUCCUAAAAUACUUCCACAUUGUGGCUUUCCGGCCGUCACAGGGGAGCAACCAGGGCCUGUACAAGAUCCAGCCCUUCCUGGACUCGCUGCAGCAGUCGUUCAGCUGUACCUUCAGACCCUCACAGACACAGGUUCUUCAUGAGCCCCUGAUAGACGAGGACCCAGUCUUCAUCACCACCUGUACAGAAAGAGAGCUGAGGAAGAGGAAGAAGAGGAAGUUCAGCCUCUGGGUUCGACAGUGCACCUCGACUGGAUUCAUCUGCCAGAUCUCAGUCCAUCUGAAGGAGGGCCAGGGCACAGAUGGUCUCUCCACCCUUAAGAACAAGCCUCAGCUCCACAGCCUGGUGGCCAAGCAGCUCUGCCAGAACAUCUCUGGGAAGAACACCAUUAUCUUUACCGGGCCCUCCAUCACGAGCCUCAGCCUCUUCACCGAAUUCAGCAAACAGGAUAUCUACUGCUGCGGCCUGCUGAGCACCAGGAAGAGCGACUGCACAGGCCUGCCCCAGUGCAUGCUGGUCUGUAGCUCCACGCCAGCGCAGCGCGGCCAGUCGCGAGUCAUGAUGAGAGGUACCAUGUCACUGAUCAGCUGGUACAACAAGGGACACUUCAGGUUUCUCACCAACGCUUACUCCCCAACGAAGCAAGGCAUGAUCAUUAAAAGGAAAAGUGGGGAGAUCCCGUGUCCUUUGGCUGUUGAAGCCUUUGCCGCCCACCUCAGCUACAUCUGCAAAUACGACGAUAAGUAUAGCAAGUACUUUAUCUUCCACAAGCCCAACAAGACGUGGCAGCAGGUCUUCUGGUUGAGCAUCAGCAUCGCAAUCAACAACGCGUACAUCCUCUACAAGAUGUCCGACGCCUACACUGUCAAACGCUACAGCCGGGCGCAGUUUGGAGAGAGACUGGUCAGAGAGCUGCUGGAUCUAGACGACUGCUCUCCCACCCAGUGAGCAGGACGGGAGGAGAGCAUGACACACGCCUACAAACACACAUGCACACACUCACACACACACACACACACA